GAAAACAAUGGAAGUCUGGGUAAAGUAAGAAUUAUUUUUCGUUUAACUAAGGUUUAUUUUUAUUAAAAUGUGAUUCUCUGUUCAUUAUAAUUGGAUGCAUAUAUGACUAGAUUAAAUAAUAAAUUUUCCUUGUUACACGAGUCUAUUAAUUAAUUUUUGCUACUUUCUGAACUAACUUGGCUUGAUGAGAGUGAUGCGAAAAAAACUACAUCAAGCUUGAUUUCUCUAGACCAAGUUUUAGCAAACAUGACUAUUAACACUGGAAUUAAUUCCGCUAUGAACGCUGAUCAAGAAUAUAUAUAUAUAUAUCUAUGAAUCGGAUGCAUAUUUCCAAGAUUUACAAUCGUUUCAGAAAUUUAAUAUAUCCGUUUGGCUACAUAGGAGAAGAAGAAAGAUGCAUUUAUGUCUAUAGGCAGACAGACUUUAGAAAAAACUACCUUUUGAGUUACGUAAUGCGGACAUAAAAACUUGGUUUCUAUUGGCAAACUACAAUUCAGCUCAUAUCAGAAUCAUAAUAAUAAUAAUAAUCAAUCAUGUGUACGUAUGUGUAAUAAAGGCAUUCUGUCACGUUUCCACAUGUUUGCAAAAUGUAAUUUUGCGUGUGUGUGUGUGUGUGUGUUUUUUUUUUUUUUAAAUUUCUUUAUUCAUGGUAAUGUUGUUAUUGUUGUUAUUACUAUUACUGCAUUUAAAUAAAUGCAGUUGACCAGCGGUAGUUAAACAUGCCCACUGAAACAAACCGAUAAUUACUUGAAAGCUAUUUCUUUCUUAAUUGGGAAAUGCUCGCAAUUUUAUGUGAAUAAAACAUUACUUUAGCGUUCGCUAUAUAGUUUAAUAACAUUUAACUUUAAAUAAAAUGAUAUGUUAAUCAACCCCUAAAACAGUAUCGUGUAAAGUUCAAUGAAUGUAUAUGAAAAAGCUAAUCGUUUAUUCAAUAUAGGUAAAGAAUGAAAAAUUAAAAAAACCAUUUUUAUGUUUCAAAGACAUAAAGUAAAAAUAUAAAAUGUUUUAUUAAGAGAUACGAAAUAAAUAAAGAAAAAUUCAUACAAAAUGUCAAGUGAUCUAACUGCGGGUCCGCUUUUAAAUAGUAAAGGUAUCGAUAAAACCCAACAAACAAACACAACUCAAAAUUUUGCUGCUACGACGAUCACAGACAAUGAUAAUUCCAAAAUUGAGGUUAUUGUUUUAUCGAAGAGCGAUAAAACUUUAAUGAAAGCCAUAAAUACCAAAGAUGAUACGCUACGAAAACGUGCUUCCCUUGUUAUUGUACCGCAAAAAGAUUUAGAGUCGCCUAAUUUGGAAGAAACGCGAUCGCUUAGAAUGAGUGAUUCAGAAAUUGUUAACGAAAAUUGCAAAGAAAUUAUCGAAGAUUGCAAGACGAUUGAAAAAUUAUCGGUGAAACUAUUAAAUUCAUCGAUAUGCUCAAAUCAUUCUUCUACCGAUGAAGAGGAUAUGGAAGAGCGGAAGGCCGCCUUGCAACCAGAUAAUGGCAAUAAUAUAGUUAGGAAUCGUAAUUCCAUAGCCAGUGUUGAUAGUUGCGUAUCGCGCUCAAGCAGCAGCACUUCAGAAAUAACAACAUCAGGUGAUGACGUGGCUUUAGAUGAUUAUCAAGAUUUGGAAAAUAGUAAUGCCAUCGAUGAGCUGGAAGCCGAGCGAAAGAACUGCAUAUCGAAUGCUUCGUCUUGUAUCGACGAUUAUUCGUUGCGUGAGAAACUGCAUAAUUUCGUUAAUGCCAAAUUAGAUGGUAGCUGCGAUGCGAGCAGUUCAACAGAUGUCGAUGAAGGCAAUAUCAUGGAUGGUGAAAUGGAAAGUAGUGUGAAAAGUCGCAGCUUACCAUCCUGCGAUACAUUAUUAAGUCCUCAGGAGGCGCCGAUGGGACGAAGAUACGGUGAAGUCUCUCAAUUUAUGAGUAAUAAACGAUCUUCCGACUCGUCUGUAACCACUUUAUUAGGUCAGCCGAAUCAACUUAAAUCAUCUUCAAAUUUUACAAAUUUAAACAAUAACAGCAACAGCAAUAAUAACAAUAGCAGCAAUAACAAUAAUAAUAGCCAUCAAGUUCUACCAUUUUGUGGUUUAGAUUCCAUUAAGGGAAGUGACAAUAAUGGUGAAGAUCUCAAUGGUUGUUCGUUAAGCGUAGGAAUCGGCGAUGGUAGCAGUGCUGACGGUUGCAGCGGUAGCGGCAGCGGUGGCAAAACAAAUUCAUCUUUUAACGCAAGUCCUAAUAAUGGAAAUGUUAAUGCAUCCGCUGCCAGCCGAUCAGCGGGAAUGGUGUCAAGUAUUAAUCCCCCAGCAACAACAUCAGUAAUAAUGCCACACGAUAAUGCAUCAGACCAAUUUCAAUCAUUAGAUGCCAAUGACAGCUCAUGCUGUGGUGACGGACAAUUCGAAGAUGAUAUGCAAGCUCUUCUGCCCAAAUGCCAGCGACUUUCAAGAGAUGAACUUAGUCAGUCUCGUACAUCUCUAGUAUCUAGUUCGGAUGGCGGUAUUUUGGCUGAGGGUGAAACAUCAAGUGAAACGUCGCGUGGCUCAGAGGAUUCUCCACCUUGUGAUUUAGGUCUGGUAGAACGUCUGCUGUUGACACAUCCAGUGUGGUUUUUACCCGGCAUACAACGCUCUGGUGCUGUGCACUUUUUACAAGGCAAAGAAGAGGGGAACUUUAUUGUACGAGGAUCCAGUCAACCCAAUACGAUGGCCGUAUCAGUGCGUUUACCACCCGACACAGGGCCGUACAUCGAGCACUAUUUGAUUCAGUCAAACGAUGGCAUUUUAUGUUUGGAGAGUUCAAGAUUUAAGUUUGAUUCCAUACCUGCUCUAAUAGCUCACUAUGCACAAUGCUGCGAUGAACUGCCCGUGCAAUUGGUGUUACCGCGAGCGUUGCGUGAAGCAAAAAAUCGACAGCAGUUGUCUUCAUUGGCUCUGUUGGGGCAAGAAUUUUGGCGGUAUCCUAUGUCUUGUCCUAGUAAGCCUAAUGAGCAAGAGGCUAACUUUUUAGAUGCCAAGUCUCCAAGUUCGGUUACCGAUACUAGUGGCUUAGGUACCACCGUGUUUAGCAAUUCCGGCGGAAAUUUUAAUAAUAAUCCGCAAUCUCAAUCAGCUAAGGUUUUCAGUCCUGUUAAUAAUUUAGGCGGUGUAUUUAGUCAAGCAGGAACUCCAUCAGAUACCACAUCAAGCAUGAGUUCAUUUACCACUAGCGGAGGACAACAUAUGCAGCUUAUGAGUCCGGAAUCUGUAGAUUCUGUGAUUCUCACAAUGUCACCAGUUGAUCUCAACAAUCCACGCAAUGCCAUAAUCGGUUUAAGUGGAAACCACAACGAUGUACUGAAUGCUUCAACUAAUAGUUUAAGUACAUUUAAGGCUAAUAACUCUAAUGUAACACAAUCGAGCUUCAAAAACGCUAUAGAUCUCGAAAAGCGAACGCAAAGACCGAAACCACCCAACACACUCAAUUUGGAUUUACGUAAACCACCGGCUCCACCAAUGCGAUGGUCAAAGCCCCUAUCCCCUACAAGCCCACAACCGCCUGAUCAGACCUCUCUGACUACUUCAAAUAAUUUUACUGUCACCACUACGGUCACCUUUUCCGUAGACAAUGCCCCACAAUUUGUUGAAGUCACGACACCUGCUGCCAAUAAUUCCCUUAAUUCAGUUAUAAAUUCAAAUGCCACCUUUCAAACGUUUUCAAAACGCCUGUCACCGGAAGGUGAAUGCAAGGAUACACUAUCAUCGCAGGGAUCAUCGGCAGGCAGUCGAUGGCAAUCACAAAGCAGUAAAGAUUCCAAUAACAGCCAACACAAGAUACUCUCACCUUGCUCGGUGGGCACACCCACCAGUCUAGUAGGGUGCGGAGGUGGCAAAUCACGCAAAUCAAAGGCUCGAAAGGAAUCAAAACAUUACCAGGAGUCCGAUAUUUUGGAAAGCCCAGAAAUUUACUGCCGGAGUACACUACACGAUAAAAUUAGUGAUUAUGAAGACUUAUGGUCUCAUGACCCCAGUGAUAGAGCGGGAUUGUUGAGCAGUUUCAAGCCACCUGAUGGCCAGCGAGGCAAGCGGCCAGACUUAUUAGCCGAGACUCCGACAAUCAUAACCCGCAACACUGACAUUACUUCAUCUACCGUAACAACUUGCCCGCCAAUUCAACCAAAUGUUGACAUUCAUCCUCUCGAUAACACCUCGGAUACGCAACAAUUAUUGCAAUUUUCAGUAGAACCUCAACCCAGGUCUAGAGCAGGUCUCAUUUUACCGGGUCUCAUGAGUCAGUCGCUUUCUGAGGAUCAAGUCUUUAAAAACGAAACAACAGAAGGUGACACCACACCUACAGCUCAAACACCAGUAUCGCGCAGCAAACAAGGCAGUCCCUUCUAUGCUGAACCGGCUGAUGCUUUAAAGCAGGCUGCUGUUACCGCUAGCAGCAUUUUAAGGCGAUCACAACGCGGUGCUCUUUUGCCGGCCAAUCAUCGCCAUUCAGAACCGCCUAAAGGAGGUUUCGUACGUAAUCCCAUAUGCCCAAUGUUAGUCCCAUCUGAAAUAGAAAAAAUAGCGGGCAGUCUAGAUGAACUUAAGAAGAAACAGCAGGCCCAACAACAAGCGCAACCUCAACAGCAACCCUCAAAACGAAUUCGUGGACGUUUCGAACAAUGGCAACUAGAUAGCAGUUGGGAGUUUAUGGGUAAAACUGAUGAAAACGAAGGCAAUAGUUAUGGGGAUUACGACUCGUCAGAUCAAUGGAAAGAAGCGCCUGUAAAAGACCACCAAAGUCAAGAAAACGACAUAGAGCGUGACGCAAGCAAAGAAAACAAACAGAAACCCAUUACAGUGCAUCAAAUAAUAGCGAAACGCUUGCCAAAUUUAAAUUUGCCCGAACUAAUACGAUGUUCAACCCCACCCCAACAACAGCAAAAACAACAGCCGCAGCAUUCUAAUAAGCUAAACAGUGACUCGCAGGGUCAAACAACAAACGAGUCACAGAAUAAUGGUUAUCGGCUAUCUUCGUACGACAAUGUAGAACGUAACUACGUACUCAAUCAAUGUCUGUUCAAUGGACUGGAUUCAGCCCAAUCGGAUGAUGGUACGGUUUUUUCUGAACCCUGGGACUCAUCCCAGUGGGACUCUUUUAUGCCUCACGACGAUACUACCACAACAUCGGAUUCAAUUCAUUUAUCCAAAUGUCGCCCUGUUGUAUCUGAGGAUGAUACCAUCAUUGAGGAGCUAAAUACCAAAGAAAUAGACAAUCAGGAUACAUUAAAGCCGAAAAAGACUUGCACAAGGCACGCUACAAUUUUGAGAAAUCCCAGCAUUAGGGAUCGCGAAAUUUUAUGUCAUCCACGUAACAAAAUCAAUAUUUACAGUGGCGGUCCGGGCGAAUCGUUGCGAGCAUAUACAUUGCAGUUGGCUCAAGAUCAGUAUACCACUUUUGCACGGAACAUAGAAAACUUCAUUGCAUGCACAAAGGACUCACGGGAAGCCGCCCCACAGGUAGUGAUGCGUAAUAUGCGUCAGUUUAUGAAUGGUAUGAAAAACUACUUGGUCAAACAUGGCGAGGGAAAAUUCCAUCAGGAGGUGGAAGCGGCUCGUUCUCGUCUCAAGUCGGAUGAAUUCUUGAAUUUAGACGCUAUUCUUGAAACUGUGAUGCAUCAAUUGGUUGUGUUACCGCUACGCGAACAUUUAUACGGCAUGUUUGUGGACUACUAUACACGAUCGGAAGAUAUUCAAUUGCUAGCGCAAAAUGUGAAAUACGCCUGUGGCCGGAACGCUGCCGAUUUUGGUAUUAGACCAUCAGUGUCACCACCUUCCCCUAGCUCCUUACAAGCUAUCUCCAACCUAUUGUUACGCCUUCAAGAAGCUGAACUGCCACUAGAAAAGUUGGAUUUAUUCCUGUGUGUCAUUUCUACAAUAUUUGAAGCCACCGGCUGCCCCAGAGGCCAACAAUUGGGAGCCGAUGACUUCCUACCGGUGCUAGUGUACGUUGUGGCAAAAUGCGGUUUCGUAGGAGCUGAAAUUGAAGCCGAAUUUAUGUGGGGUCUGUUGCAACCAACUCUGUUAAACGGUGAACCCGGCUAUUAUCUGACGGCAUUAUGCAGUGCAGUACAUGUGCUAAAAAGUUUUAUGGCUUCGGAAAAUGAAAGUGGUUCCGGAUCUUUAGAUUGGCGUUCAUCCUCAUUACCUGCCUGCUCCUCGGUUCUGCGCGUCAUCAUACCCGAUGAGUGUAACGGCUCAUUGCAAACCCGAACACUGCCUGUGCGUCCACACACAACGACGCGCGAAGUUUGUCGUAUUAUUGCUCAUAAAGCUCGCAUUACCAAUCCACAAGACUACGGGCUCUUCAAGUUGGUCGACGGCGAAGAAACUAUUCUCAAUGAUAACGAAUGCCCUCAAGACAUACGAUUAGCUGCUAAAGGUAAACACUGCAUGUUGGCCUACAAACGUAUCGAUGCCAAAAUUGCUUGGCCGACGGCUACACAACCGAUUUCGAAUUGAGUUCAACAAUAUUGUAAUGUCUUCAAAUAAAAGUGUGAAAGUUGUAGGAAAUUUCCCCAAGAAGAAUUAUAUAAAUAAACACGAACUGCUCGUAUAUAAUCAUUCAUGAUCAAAAACAUUUUCUUAAAAAAAAAACAAAAAAAAAAAAAAAAAAUUAUUCAGCAAUUAAAUACCAACAAUCUUGCAAUCAUA